GGCCUUUUCAACCAAAUUACUGUUAACAUUUGAUGGGGUUUUCGUUACUGAUGGACUAUGAGUUGCCAAGCCUUUUCAAAAAAUAUUGGUCCAGCUCUGAUUGCUUGGUUUCUCCUUAUAUUUCUUACUGUUUUGUAUUUAGUGUUUAUUUGUUGGGAUUUUAGCAAAGAAACUAGUUAUGCAUUUACUGUGUGUCAUUCUUUGCUGUUUUUCUUUGUGGUAUCUGCAUUUGGCAAGGCAACCUUCAUGGACCCUGGAUAUUAUGCUAUGGGUGUUCCCGGUGAAAAGAUGACUACUGUUGAGAAAGGUUCCCCUCGUACUGUAAUGUAUAAGUCUGUUGACAUAAAUGGAGUUUCCACCCGUUUGAAAUGGUGUGUCACAUGUGAAUUUUACAGACCUCCUCGCUGUUCUCAUUGCUCUAUUUGCAAACAUUGCAUUGAUACGUUUGAUCAUCAUUGUCCUUGGCUGAACAAUUGUAUUGGGAAACGAAACUAUCGGUAUUUUUUCUCGUUCCUACUCACAUUAACUCUUCAUAUGAUUAUUGUUUUUGGCGUGUCCAUGACGUAUGUUCUAAUGCGUACGAAUGAACUCUCUCACUACAAAGUCAUUAUUGCCAUUGGUGUGUUAAUUUUGGUAGGCUUAUUGCUGCUUCCUGUGCUAGGUCUGACGGGAUUUCACAUUUUUUUAGUCAGCAAAGGACGAACUACAAAUGAACAGGUCACUUCAAAAUAUGAUCUUGAUAUGAACCCUUAUGAUCGCGGCCUGUGCAAGAACUGGCUACACAUUUUUUGUACCUCUCAACCACCUAUAUUGAAUCGACCAAAUGUAGCAGAAGUUGAUAUGUGGGAAAUAUCCUAUAAUGGUAAACCUAUCAAACACCGCCAAACAUCAAAUUUGCGUUCUGGUUCUAAUAACUACAAGCUUUCUGAUGCUUUUAAAUCAUCUAAAAACCCGGUUGAUAUUGUUAAACAGGGAGAAGUUGUUUGUGAAAAGGUGGAUUUGGAAGAUAUAGUUAAUCAUUCUUCUGAUCAACGAAACACAUCCGAAGUAAUAUCAAGUGUUCAUCAUGAAUUAAACAAAUCUCUUUCACCCAACCCACAAUCAAAAGUUUUAUCCCUUAAAGAGUUUUCAAAUGCAACCCACACUAAUGAAAACCUUAUGUCUAGAUCGCAAUCUCCUGUUUGUGGAAGGACUGGCGAAUUAAAUAAAACAAAUCCAAAUCUUGCUUUAGUAGGAACAAAGUCAAAGUCUUUAGGUAACAAAGAUCAAGGUAAAAGUCUACUGAUUGGGACAAAUACACCAAAAUAUGUAUCAAAUGAAAAUAGUGCUAGCUUUAACUCUAAUAUCAAUUCUGUUGUAACAUCUACUAAUGUCCCCACGAAAAUCAUAUCCGAUAGAGAUCGUUUCGGCAUAAAAGGUGACCAUUUAACUCCACUUCUAGGAUCUCAAGCGAAUUCGGACGUUGACUUGAUUCGGGGACGUCAAUUGCAAAAACUUACCAUAGAAAACCAAAGUAAGUCGAGUAAUUCGCUUCAUCUCAGACAACAGGAUCAGAGUGCCGCUACCGAAAUUGGAAGAAGUUCUUCACGUGAUUUUUCUUCUCGUUCCAAUGAAAAUAUGUGUCCUUGUACAUCAUCUAAUUCGAUGAUGAAUAUCCGCGAUCGAGUCACCCUACCGAUAAGUUCACAUGGUGCGCCAUUUUCUCAACCGCGUGCUGCUACUGCCGAACAAUUCAGCACUCCUCAGGAUUUUAAUGGUACACAGUGUACAUCUAAAUCUUACUCUCCUUCAACAGGUCGUGGUAUACAUUAUGUCACGUCAGCUACACUUGAUUGUUACACCCCUGAAUCUGUAAAUCUACCAACUAGCAAUAUAUCGAGGGGUUUUGUGAAAUCAAUGAGAUCUGAACAACGCCGUCAUGAAUUUCCGCACCAGUUUUAUCCUCGGUCUCCUGGAAUGCAAGUAGAUCAAAGACACUUACUACCCCAUAAUGAAGUUGCCAAUCAUUUAUCUCCACGGUCACUUCACAGUCUUCCUCCACCUCUACCUCCUCAUGGCUCCCAGACAAAUAUUUCUCAUGCUCGUCCAUUUUGGCCUCCAGCUGUACCUCCUCACGGUAUUUCUAAAUCAGUACCAUAUUUCUUGCCGGUUGAUACAGCUAGUCAAUUUAGUAAUACCACAGCAUCCUCUAAUCUUCGUUUGGUCAAACCACCUUAUUUCAGUAAUCCUCAUGGGGUUCAAGUGGAUGGAUCUAGUUACUUCAUAGGUAGUCCACGUACAAAUGAGCAGUCAGCUUCAAAAUUUGUAUCUCAGUCAUUUGGUUCGACUCAUUGUCCUUCAAUUAUGACACAAGCUGGUUCACGUCCUACGCCACCAUUACCUCCGCAUAAUCGAAUUUCUAAACUGAAUGCACCAAACAAUCGAAUGCAAUCAACUGGACAUAGGAAUUCUAAUCAUUUAGUCACACGAUGGCAAAAGGAUGGUGAUUCUAAUUCUCCUGAUGGGACUUUUGAAAUUUCAGUUUAGAAAAUGUGUGUUGAUAAUUCCUUUAACCUAAAAGUGAUGCUAAAAUUUUUAACCAAGUUCUUUCAUUUUUUGUUCUCUUCGUUGUUUUUCGUUAGUCUUUCAAAAUAUCUUUGACCACUGUAAAAUUGCUUGUCACUCAACGAAAGAAUUUAUCUUGUUGCUUUUAUAAAUCUCUACAACUUGUUGUAUAAAUAACGUUUCUAGGCUAUAUUCUGUGACUACUAUGUACUCUACUUGUAACGAUAUGUUCAUAAAGUUUAAUAUUCAUGAAUUUGAAAAAGAAGGAUUCAUAGGCAAAUAAUGGAAUAUUCUAAACGUUAUUAUGAAAUGAACAACUAUACAUAUACUUAUGUGCAAUAAAAAACAACCACUCUUAAUUGUUAUCUAUUUCUUCUUCAGGAUUUUACGCAUAGUUUACGUUUUAUUCACUGUAUUCUUUCUUUUAGAAAAUGCAUUAUUAUAAACUAUACAACGAAUUCUUAUUAAUAUCUAGGCUCUCAAUCAAAUCAAAGAAAAAAUAUACAAAUUUCAUACCGUUUUAUAAAUUUGUUCAGUAUUCGACAAUGUAAACAAAAUAAUUAAAAAAACUCAUGCUUGUAUAUUACAUAAUUUUUACCGUUUUUUUUAAAAAUUGCAAUUAUAUAUGCAUCUAUUUGUUCAUAAAUAUGUGAAUCCAAUUUCACUGAAUAAUAGCGGUGCAUAAAAUUGUUGCUGCUAAUGUUGAUGGGUGACCUACAACUGCCUUUAAUAUCUACAUUUGUUUGAAAGAAAAUUCCCUCUAAAUUAAAUAUUAUCAACUGUGUUGUGUUUAUAUAUCUUGUGGCCUUUUUGUUCUUAAUCAUACAAUAAAAAUAUACGUUUAUACUAUGUUGGAUUGAUUAUGCCUAAUUAUUGAACAAGUGCUGUGUACACCUUCAUGUAGUACGUUGUUACGUCAAUUUUAUGUACAAUUUUCUGCUCUGUACAGAAAAUAAAAGUGAAUUAAUGCAGUGUGUACUCUUUUUGAUACGUCUGUUUGGCUCUGAAUAACGGUUGCUCUAAAAUAUUACUUUAAUGAUAUAUCGAUUGUGCUUUCUGCCAUCGACUUGUCCGUUAUAGUGUUAAGGCUUUUAUACAUUGAGAGUCGAGUUUUCUGUUCUUUUUAACCUCAUUAAUCAUGUAUUGUUUAUCCAUUUUAUAGAAAAUCGGAAUAUAAACGUGUGAUUAAAUUGGUAAUUGAGGUUUACAGAAAAAGCACAUCAUUUAGACAUUAAUUCAGAAUUAAAAGAUUCAGAUUUACUGACUUCAGUUGGACAAAACUAUUGAGUACUGUUCAGUUCUCCCUAAUUUACCCCUAACAGUAAAACUAUAUUAAAAGGGAUCUCAGCAAACUUUGAAAGUACUCUAAUCUCCCAUGCAGUGAGAUGAUGUUCAAAUCUGUAGCACCUGCUUAAUAGUUAAUGAUAAUAUCAGUCUAAUACAAUAGUGUACAGAUGUUUAUUAGUAUGCUCUUUGUAUAUCUUCGUAUUUGCACAAAAAUAUAUUCUGCAUGUAAUCAUUCAGUUUAUAGCAAUGGCUCCCUGGAGAGCAAACUUGAAUUUGGUUACAGUUAUAGCACUGAUUUAAGAGUUCUUAAUCGGUUAUCAUUUGCCCGAGUUGACAUUUCUGCAUACCUAUCUUUUUUUGUCUUAAAAGUCAGCUUCGUUCUAAAGUUGGAGUUGGAAAUAAUUUGUCAUUUUCACGUAUAUCACUAGAUAACUAUAUAAUCCCUAUAUUUCCUAACUAUGAAUUUUAUUCGAGAUUAUUACUACUCCCGUUCUUUUAUCUUUUUAAAAUUUAAUUCGAAUUCAAAUUUCAUUUUCUGAUUUGUUGCAAUAGCUGUGCUAGAAACAGGCUGAAUUUUUGUUGCUUCACUCUAGAAAGAAGUACCGUUUAAUGUCAUGCGUGUAUUUCUAAAUAAUUCAAACUUCGUAUCUAUACUCCACUUUUUAGUGUUCAUUACAUUUAAAUAUCAAGUUUCUUAAAAUUAUCUUCAGUUUUCACCUUAAAAAGGCUUUACAUUGACUCAAGCAUAGUUGUAUUUGUCCAUAUAUAUUACCAUUAUGUUCUUUUUCAGUGACAAAUAGCUAAUCAAAAAGAAUCUGGCUUAUAAAAUUAAUAAGCCAGAAAAUGUUUGCUUGAAGACUUCUAGUUUGCAUCUCACGUAUUAAAUAUGAAGAUCCUGUAUAACUAUAUUAACUUCUUUAAACACAUACAAUUGGUUACUGUUCUAUAUUUCUUGAGGGUCCUCCCAAGUUUAUAAAUUUGCGAAUUUUUUUCAGUGUAGAACAAAUUAAAUAAAUUUUAUUUAUUACAUUAUUUCGUGAAUUUCAGACAACAUGGAAAGUUGUUCAAGGAUAUUACAACCGUUAUUGUAAUCUACAUUAUAAGUUGUAGAAAUCCAAACUUAUAGACCGUACUCUGUCUGUAUAGAUCUCAAACAAUGAUCUCAAUAAGUUUAUUUUAUUAAAAUGUGGUUUUUAAAAUUCCUUUUUUUUUGUAUAAGUGAAUGCUUGUACAUUAUUACGCUUUGAUUCGUCGAACUUUGUUACUUAAUGAAUUAUUGUUCUUUUUCAGUUGUUUUGCUGAAUGCAUAGAAUCGAAGCUUCAGUUUAAAACAAUGACGUCAAGUUUAUAUGAUGACUUGGAUAUUUUAGACGGAACACCUCUCGAUAAUUUAACAUCAAGCGAGUCGUCUAACAAGUCAGGAAAUGCUCCAUUAGUUGGUUUGCGUGUCACUGCUAACUGGUCGGAAUCUGAUGUAACAUCAUCUAAUCAAUUCAAUGUGAAUGCUUCUUCAGUCAAUUCAAAUUCCAGUUUAAAAUUAAUGCAAUCCCACAUGGCUGUGAAACGUGCUCAGGGUCGACGCCCCGCCACAGAUUCUUCCAAUUCUCAGUGGAGUACUCGCACAACACUAGCCCCAGUGGUCGAUUUGAAACAGCGUGUACCACACGUAGAUGGCUCUUACAGAUUUAAUCAAUUGACUGGACGAUUAGAACGAUGUGUUUCGGGAAGCAGUGGAGGUAAAUCUAAACGUUCGUUGAAAUAUUCCAAUACAGCUAUGACGAAUGGUUUACUAUUUGGUGAACCAAAUCUACCUUUGGGUGUGAUGGAUGAAUAUAAUCCCAUGAUUCCUAAUGAAUAUGAAGAAUUAGCUCGAAUUAAACGUGAACGUAGACGUGCUGAGGAAUCAGCGCUUGCAGACAGACACCACCGACUGGAUCCAUUUGGUAUGAAUGAUCCUUCCGGAAUGUGUCGUCGUUAUGAGUAUUCAGAUGAAGAUGACGAAGAUACAGAAUAUACUGCAGCUUCCGGUAGGAGUUCUUCACAACCAACAAAGGGUGCUGCUAUUGCACCUCCAUCUGUUUUACUCGAAGAUGUAACUGUUACUCCUGGUUCAAAUGCAUCACAAAACUCUGAAUCGUCGGUUAAUGAUGAUGACCCUGGAGUUAGCACAGCUAGUAGUAAAUUUGGAAUUAAUGUUGUUGCAGCGAAAAUGAUGGCUCGAAUGGGAUAUCGAGAAGGACAAGGUCUAGGUAGAGAAAGUCAAGGAAUGUCCACUGCAUUAGUUGUUGAAAAAACUAGUCGACGUGGUGGCAAGAUAAUUCAUGAAAAAGAUCAACAACGUCAACAAAUCCAAGUCAAUGCUUCUGCUGUUAAUAAUAAUAAUCUACCUAGUUAUUUAAGUGCAAAUGUAGAAGAGACAUUCAAUAAUCUACCACUUCCAGAGAAUCGAAGCUGCGUUAUUCUUCUGCGUAAUAUGUGUGGACCAGGUGAAGUUGAUGAUGAUCUAGAACCCGAAACAGCUGAAGAAUGUGCUAAAUAUGGCAAAGUAGUAAUGUGUAUGAUUUAUGAGUUGCCUGAAGCUCCAGAUGAUGAAGUAGUUCGUAUUUUUGUGGAAUUCGAAUCUGAAGAAGCAGCAACGAAAGCGGUACUCGAUCUAAAUGGCCGAUUUUUCGCUGGACGUGUCGUGAAGGCUGGAUUUUACGAUGCAGAAAAAUUCAGGAAUUUGGAACUCGCCGAUGCGCCAUUGUCUACAUAACUUUCCGUUUCAUUAUGCACAGUAUAUAUAAUUAUUGUCUAGUUAUACAUGUACACGUGUUCUAAUCGACUUCACAAAACACAGUAUACAACUCCCGGAAUGGAGAACUGAUUAAAUGCGGGUUUCUUAAUACAGUACAUUGGGUAAUAACAUAUUCCUCCUAAUUCUAAGUAGAAAUAACAAGAGCACUUUCAUAUAGGGCUCAAAAGUCAGUCACAUACCUACCUUGAGCAAAACUCAAGAUCUUGACAAACUGUUGGUAAAAGUUAUGUUCAAAUUGUAAUAAACUACAUUCUGACAAAGCUUUUGGUCAUGAAAUUUAUUAUUUGCAUAUUGUUCUUGUUACCAGUCUAGGAAAGAUAAUUUGCUGAGGAUAUUAAUUGUAGCUGAGAAUUGAUUCAAAGUUUUUUAUUUAGUUCUGCAUAAUUUUCUCAUUAAUCUUAGUAUGUAUUCUUAUUCAAGCUGUUUAUGUAUUUAGGUGAUUUACUUUAAUAUCCUUAGUGCAUUCGAAAACUUAUUUACGAAAUAUUAUGCUCAACGGGAAUCGGUUUGUGAUAUUUUCUGACAGGCACUCAAGAUUUGGUCCGCGAAUUGCUAAAACUUACGUUAUUUAUUUAUUUGAACACAUAAAUAUUGGUACAAGAGGGCACCAAAUAUAUAUGCACCACUCAAAACAAUGAGAAUGGGAAGAGAAAAAAACAACAAUAACGACCAGAUUAGUGUAAGGUAGUGUAAUAAUAAUAAUAAUGAGCGAAACGGAAAGGUAUAACUAGAAGAAAUCUUUCAAUUAAGGAAGAUACAACCACUUUUUAUGAAGAAAGUAGAAAGGUUACAGCAGGGUCGCCACUGGCUUCUAUUCUGAGCCAUAUCUGAUAAAGUCUCUAGCCACUGUGUCGCACUAUCUCUCGGACCCCAGCCACUGAGUCAUGAAGGACCAACAGAAGUCAGCCCCUUGCAGCUUUCUUUCAUGCCACGACACUAUGUCAUACACUGACCACCUCUCCGCUUUUUGCAACAAGUCCCAGAGUCGGCAAAUAAUGCACGACGUGUAAUUCUGUGGGACGACAUUCGUAGAACAUGCCCAAGCCACCGAAGUCGGUGUUUCAAGAUGGUGACAUCGAUUGCAUUAUCGUCUCUGUGCCCGAACACACGGUACCGAACCUCUGCAUUAUUGACAUGGUGUCGCUAUAGUGAACAAAACACGGGUGGGUACAAUCGGAUGCAUUUAACACAAAAUUACAGGACCUGUUACUAAAAUCUAACAAUCAUAAAUCAAAUGCUUAAUUUGCAAAAUGCACACCAAUUGUCUCAAGAUGACUCAGACCACAUUGUCCUUGCAUUUUCAUACAAAUUGCAUCCUGUUUCCAUUCUUUACUGUUCAAUCCUCUUGUCUCUCUGCUGUCAGACCUUCUGUUCACGACUAACAUCAUAUACUACUUAUGUCUAUACAAGUAGCACACACCACAUUGGCACUUUAUGUCCGCAAUUCUUCGGAGACAACGAUGAUCAAACACAGAGAGUCGUCUGACAUCCUCAACUCGGAAGCCAGGUUUCACAAGCAUAGAACAAAACUGCUCUCAUCGACGCGCUGUAGAUCCGACGUUUUACAGCCAGACUGACAUCACGAAUGCGCCAAAGAUGGUCCAGAUUGGCAUGAGCCGCUCUGGCUUUCACUAUACCUGCAUCGACAUCAUCACUCACGCCACCACCAGCACUUAUGCAGCUACCUAGAUACACGAACUUCCCGACUACUUCUAUCUGCUCACCAUCCAGAGUGAGUACAGGAUUAGAAUCCUGCCAGUCUUGUAGAAGUACUUUGCACUUCGAAGGUGCAAAGCACAUACCGUACCUACGGACAUUGAUUGCCAACUGAUUAAGUGUGGAUUGCAUGACUUGGACAUUGUCGCACAGUAAGACAAUAUCAUCCGCAUACUCAAGGUCGAGAAGUCUUUCUCCAGGCAACAGAUCCACACCGCCAUUACUUACAUCCAUCAGAGCUGUUUCUAGAAUGUCAUCGAUGGCAAAGUUGAAGAGGAAUGGUGAGAUUGGACAAACCUGCCUAACCCCACUGCUCGAAUGGAAGAAUGGAGAGAGGUGGUUGUUGCCCUCGCUCUGCCUGAGGUGUUUGGAUAUAGGGCUUUUAGGAUGUUAAUAAACUUCUCAGGCACACCCUUCUUCAAUAGACAAUCCCAGAGGACAGUCCUGUUCAACGAAUCGAAGGCAGCCCCGAUGUCAAGAAACACUACGAUUGUUGGCCUUUGAAAAGUAUGACGGUGUCCUAACAUUUGGCGGAGAGUGAAGAUAUAAUCAAUACAUCCUCGAUCAGAAUGAAACCCAGCCUUCUCCUCGCGAAUCAAUCUUUCUCGGGUUUUGAACAACCUACGAAGUAUGACGGAAGCCAAUAGCUUGGACGCAAUCGGAAUUAGACUUAUCCCCCGAUAGUUGUUACAGGAACGACGUGGACCCUUUUUAAAGAUAGGGACAACUAUCGACUCAUUCCAUGACGUUGGUACACUCUCUAGUUCCCAGAUUUUGUAAACGACGCCGUCAGUUCCUUACGCAGAAAGCCACCGCCAUCUUUAAACAGGGCCGGAGGUAAGUCAUCUGGGCCAGGUGAUUUGUAGCGCUUCAAGAGUUGGAGUUCCUUGCGGACUUCCGCCUCAUUUGGUGGAUCAGUCGCCAUUUUCAUGGGGCCGUGCAGUUGCAACCAAUGCUCAUCUAUACUUUUCGGUGGAAUGGUAACUAGCCUAGAAACUAGCUCGGUUCGAUACUUACUUGCAACAGAAGUUGCAACCAACUUGCUGACAUCAAUCCUUUGGUGGCGGUCACUUCGUUGGCCACUGAAAAGUAAGGUAAGGUUGGCGCAGAUCAAGGCAUGAUCAGUGUCCACAUAGGUACUCCAAAAGGAGCGGUAGCUGAUCGCGAUGUGAUCAAUCUGAGUCCAGGCUUGAGAUGCAGAGGGAGGACGCCAGGUGGCACAUCGGCGAUGACUGUGCCGGAAGUUAGUGCUAGCCAGGAACAGGUUGUGGUCUGUGCAAAGUUGCAGUAGACGGUCCCCGUUAUCUAUCCUGCAACCAACAAG